AAUUCCAUUUAAAUCGAAUCAGGAAUUGGAAAAUUCUGGUCUCUAUUCUCAAUUUUAAAACUAAAGGAACCCUUUUUAUUUUGCUGUUCAUCGCUAAUCUCUGAUCUCUAAUAGUUGUAUUCUCCACCGCCACUUUCAGAUCUUGUGUUUAGCUAUCUUGAAUUUCAAAAUGCCAAAAGUUAGAAGAGUGAAGUCCCCAUCUACUGAUUGCAAUCGAUCAUUUCCUUACCCAUCCACCUCCAGAAAUAUUGAGAUGCGUAAGCCUACGAAUUUGUCCGGAUCAGUUGAUGAAAUGAAAGAAUGGGAAGAAGCUAGAUGUCCUAUUUGCAUGGAACCUCCACAUAAUGGUGUUCUUUUGAAAUGUUCUUCCCACGAGAAGGGCUGCCGUCCUUAUAUGUGCAAUACCAGUUACCGCCACUCCAACUGCCUUGACCAGUUUUGCAAGUCCUUUGCUUCUCAUCUCUCAUCAGAAGUACUGGAAGAAAUUCCUGCCGCAAGCAGAGUAUCUCAUGGUCGAGAAGUUCAGCCAGAGCCUGGGCACCCAUCUCAUCUUGGGAGCCAGUUAAAACCAAAGCUCAUUUGCCCUCUUUGCCGAGGAGAAAUAUAUGGAUAUAUGCUUUUGGAUCCCGCUCGAAGCUACAUGAAUUCAAAACCAAGGAGUUGUUCUUCUGAAACAUGUGAAUUCCAGGGGACAUACCCAGAACUCAGGAAGCAUGCUAGGUCCGAGCAUCCUUCUGUUCGGCCAUCGGAUGUGGAUCCCUCGCGUCAGUGCGAUUGGUUAAGGAUGGAACAAGAAAGGAGUUUGGAAGAUCUUUUUAGCUCAAUCCAUUCAAGUUCUGGUGUUGAAUACAAUAGAAAUGCCAUUUUGACGGGGGGUUUUGCUGACUUGAUGUCCUCAUUCUUGUAUGAAAUCUUUAUCUCUAUUGAAGAUGUUAGCCGAAUGGCUAGUUUGAUUACUAAUUCCAGACACAGAGUGCCAUUAUAUGACAGAAGGUCUGGAAUAACGCACAGGGUAUCAAAUCAUACACAGGCAAAUCAAUCGGCUAGAUGGAGAUCCAAUUUACCUUCAGUACAUCAACUGGAGAGAAUUGCUAGGAGUAGUAGAGUGAGAACGAAUGUUCCAAUUCUAUCAUCCCGUGAUCUGGAGGCAGAGGCUAAUCGAACUGCCAGAUGGAGGACAAAUUUAUCAUCUUUAAGAACACCUCGUGAGGAGCAUCAGUUUUAUAGAGACCUCAGUUCUGAGGUCACAUCGUCAACAAGGAUGCCUCGGACCUCACAAGGUACUCAGACUAAUCACCAGAGCGACAUUUCUUCAUCUGGAAGGAUCCCAGGUCGUCAAUUACGUUGGCGUGAUCAAAGAUGGUCCACCAACAACAACUACUACCAACGAUGAGUGCCAAUAGAUACCAAACUCUUUCAUAUAUAUAUAUAUAUGUACUUCUGCUAUCUAUAUAUGCUCAUGGAGAUACCCAUCUAUCAUUAAACUCGUUUUAUUAGAUAUUUGGUUCAAUGAAAUCCUUUUAUUUGAGUUUCUUAAA